CACUUGAGCAAAUAAAUGAGGUUCCUACACAUUUCUCUCUCAUUUCUUCUCCCUCUCUCUCUGAACCUCUUUCUUGGGUUCCGAUACACUUUCUUGGAUCUGUUGAACUGCUUUCCCUCUCUGCAACUUCGUUUCCGCUUCUUCUCUCUAGAUUAAAUUUCUUGCUCUUUUCUCUUUCUAUACAGGAACAAGUUUUAGCAAGGAUGCGUUCUCCUUUUUCACUGAAGCAGGAAUUUCUGAAGAAAUGGAUACUGGGUCUCCAAAGAUGUCGUUCCUCAAAGAAGAAUAUGAGCAUCUUCGAGAGAAAAAAGGUUAUAAAGUUGUCAGCAGAUGUAGCCGUGGCUUCUGCAAGAAAGGGCAUAACUUGUUGGAGUCGAGCUCUCAUUGCCGAUGCUGUUAAAGAAGGCAAUGCUGACAAACAUCUAGCUGAGAAAAUAUUGGGUCCGGCGUCAGAGAGGCAACCGACGGAGAAGGUUCCAGUAGGAGCAAUGGCAUACAACAAGAGGAUCAGAAGCAAGAAGAUCCCGAAAAGGGGUAGCGUAAUCCGAAGAACAAUAAAAUGUGCACCUCAAGCGGCUCGACCGAGCUCUAUUGUGAAAAGAUUGGUUGGGAAAAGAAGACAAAUUUUGAGAAGUCUAAUCCCUGGGGGAGAAUUUAUGAAUGGCGUCUCUUUGAUUGAGGAAACCCUAGAUUAUAUCAUAUCACUCCGAGCUCAGGUUGAUGUAAUGCGAAGUCUUGCCAGUGCUUCAAAGCUGGUGAACCUUAAUUAAGAGCAUCAAUGGUAAAUUGCUCUUUAGUUAAUUAUUUAAUAUAUCUUUAUAAUAUCCUUAUUUUUUUUCUCUUGGGCCCAACGCUUAGCUAGCUAAAUGAAAGGAAAUGGGGCAUGCCUGUACAGAUGAACUAUAUAUAUGUAAGCCAAUCAAAGCUUUCAUUUCAAUCUUCUACAA